AUGGUAUUAACACACCAAACAAGAUUAUCCGCUUCACAAGAUGACAGCUUUCCGACAACGCAGCUUUUUCUCCUAGCAAUAUGUCGGGUCGCUGAGCCCAUUGCCUUGACCUCCAUCUUUCCCUACUCAUGGGUGAUGGUCAAGGAUUUUAACAUGGCUAGUGGCAAUGAUGCCUCUUUCUAUGCUGGUGUCCUGAUCUCGGCUUUCUCCCUCGCUGAAGCCCCCACGGGGAUGUUCUGGGGUAGCCUCUCAGAUAGACUGGGACGAAAACCAGUUCUUCUCUCUGGUUGCUUUGGAACAAUGCUCUCUCUUAUUCUAGUGGGACUGGCUCCCAAUUUCUGGAUUGCAUUGAUAGGGCGCGCCUUGGGCGGGGCUCUCAAUGGCAAUAUUGGAGUUAUCCAGACCAUGGUUGGAGAGUUGGUUAAACGCCCAGAGCAUGAACCCCGCGCAUAUGCCGUGAUGCCUUUUGUGUGGUCUAUUGGGACUAUCAUUGGACCUGCGAUUGGAGGUCUGUUAGCAAGACCAGCGGACAGCUUUCCUUCCCUCUUCCCUCAAGAUGGGCUUUUUGGACACUUCCCAUACCUAUUGCCCAACUUAGUCUGUUCUUUCCUACUUCUCUUGAGUAUCAUUGGCAGCUGGCUGUUCCUUCAAGAGACCCAUCCGGAUCUCCAGCCUGAGAUUCGCCAUCAAUUCUUUGAACAUGCCUCGGUAGAACAAUCUCUACUGGCCACUUCGGGUGCAACCGCCAAUGCAGGUGUUGAUCUACGUGCCGACUCAUAUGGUACAUUUAACGAGGUCAGCUUAUGUCGAGACAGCGCUUGGGAUGACCAGACUGGUGAAGGGUGUCGUACCUGGAAGAAAUCAUUCAAGCCCAAGGCAUUUACGUGGAAGGUUACGAUGCUGGUCAUUGCUUUAGCGAUCUUCACCUACCACUCGAUGACAUACGACCAUCUUCUCCCAAUCUUCUUGCAAGACAAGACCACACGAGACCUUUCAGCCGCUUCAUCUUCUCCUUUGAAUAUCCCAAGUGGCUUGGGUAUUUCCACUCGGACUGUCGGUGUGAUCAUGUCUACGGAUGGUAUAAUCGCACUAGUCAUCCAAAGCGUCAUCUUCCCUGCGCUGGCCCAUUGGCUCGGAGUAUGGCGACUCUUCAUUCUAGUAACGGUUUUCCAUCCGAUCGCAUAUUUCAUGGUUCCGUUCCUGGUAUUUCUACCACAACACCUUACAUUCAUUGGCAUCUACGCCAGUCUGGUCGUUCGCAACAUUCUGUCGAUCAUCGCCUAUCCCGUGCUAUUGAUUCUCAUCAAGCAGGCUAGCCCAUCAGACUCUGUGAUGGGUAAAAUCAAUGGCCUUGCUGCAUCGGCCGGUGCAGCCUCUCGCACUAUUGCACCUCCCCUUGCAGGUUUCCUGUACAGUGCUGGUGCGGAUAUUGGUUGUACUGGGAUUGCUUGGUGGGGAAGCAGUCUUGUUGCGCUGUUUGGAGCGUUGCAGAUUUGGUUUAUUCAGCGCAAGCCACGCUCUUGGGAAAAUGUGAAGCUUGGUGCUUCAUGA